AAUAAUAAUAAUAAUAAUAAUACAUCACACAGUCCUAGACACUCUAGAAGUGUUCGACUUGUGAUUUUUGUGAUACGAAAUCCAGCAUGUCUAUCUUGUUUGCUGUGUCAUAAUAAAAUAAUAAUAAUAAUAAUAAUAAUAAUAAUAAUAAUACAUCACACAGUCCUAGACACUCUAGAAGUGUUCGACUUGUGAUUUUUGUGAUACGAAAUCCAGCAUGUCUAUCUUGUUUGCUGUGUCAUACAAUAAUAAUAAUAAUAAUAGUAAUAAUAAUAAUAAUUUUAAUUGUAUCCCGCCUCCAUCUCCUCCGAAGGGAACUCGGGGCGGCUCACAGAAAUGUCAGAUACAAAACAAUAACAAUGUACAAUACAUCAACAAACAAUAACAUGCACCAGUAGUAGCAUUUACACAUUAAAUUGUAGUUCACCCACAACCUGGGAAACGGUGACCUUCACCAAUAGUGGGAGUUGUAGUUCACCCUCCGAAGAGAAGAGAGAGGGCCCACCAAGGCCUCGGUCUGCCUUUCCCCUCAGCGCCGGGAGGGAAAGCGGGAAAGCGGGGAGAGCGAUGCAGAGCUCCGGGCUCGGCCUUGGCUUCUCUCCCCUGCCUCUCGGGGGAACGAGGCGUGUGUGUCGGGGGCCGGAGGCUGUCUUCGCCCCUCCGAAGGCGCCGAAGCGGAUCCGCGGCCUAGCCUGGAGUAGGCCCCGCGGCCUAGUCGGCGCUUCCUGAGGGAAAAGCGAGUCCUGGCCCUGAGGGAAGCCGAGCGGGCGCGCUGAGGAGAGAAGGGAGAGCAAAGUAGGCCGUUUCUUCAUUUCUUCCCUUAUUAGUAAAGCUGCUAGGUUGGCAGAAGCUGGGGCUAACAGCGGGAGCUCACUCCGCUCCCCGGAUUCAAACCUGCAACCUUUCCGUCUCGAAGUUCAGAAGCUCAGCGCUUUAACCCGCCGCUUCACCGGAGGCUCCAUAAUACAUACUUCAUACCGGACCCAUGGUUUAAGGCUGUCUGGCCGUGUUUCAGAAGCAUCCUCUCCUGACGUUUCGCCCACAUCUAUGGCAGACAUCCUUGGUGCUUGUGAGGUCUGUUGGAAACUUGUCAAGUUGGGUUUAUAUAUCCCUGUGGAAUAAUGUCCAGGGUGGGAGAAAGAAAGAACUCUUGUCUGUUGGAGGCAAGUGAGAAUGUUGCCACUGGCCACCUUGAUUAGCAUUGAAUAGCCUUGCAGCUUCAAAGCCUGGCUGCUUCCUGCCUGGGGGGAAUCCUUUGUUAGGAGGUGUUAGCUGGCCCUGAUUGUUUUCUGUCUGGAAUUCCCCUAUUUUCUGUGUGUUGCUCUUUAUUUACUGUCCUGAUUUUAGAGUUUUUUAAAAAAAAAAAUACUGGUAGCCAGAUUGUGUUCAUUUUCAUGGUUCCCUCCUUUCUGUUGAAACUGUCCACAUCCUUUUUACAGGCAUCCCGCAAAUUCUGAGUCCAACUAGGACCAAUGCCUAGUUGGUUAGACUUUGAUGGGCAGACCUGUUUACUCAGUAAAGCAUGUUUUCCUUAGCAUACGUGUGGGUGUAUGUAAAGAAGCAACUAAUCUCACUUCAAGAGGUUUAAUGUUUGGCAGUUAAUUAAUGUGAUUGUGCAGGUCAGCAGCCGAAACGUGGUUCUUGACAUACAACGCGACCGAAAAGAUUAGCGAGAGCGUCUCGGAUGGCUCUUCCUCCACGGGUCAUCCUAGCAACCUCCAGGUAUGGGGCUGAUAACUCCACCGCUAUGAUGCACAAGGAUUAAUGUUUAACCCGCAGUUUGGGUAGCGUUGUCGAAACAGAAACUGUAUGGUUUGGACCUUCCUGCUGGAACAUCAAGCCCAGCUCAGCGCCACAAGGAUCGGAAGAGUCUCUGUGGAGUGAAAAUCGGAGAAUCAUUGGAAGCCAAGGCAGGCAUUACAUGGGCGAGAGUGGAGAACGUCCAUGUGACAACCCAUCAAAGCUGUGGUUUAGAGGGUCUUCUGAAGAAGCAAGAUCUGGACUUCCUUUAGGAAGCCGACCACUGAGCCGAGGUAGACACAGAACUCUCUUUUGACUCAUGGCUCCAGUCUUUCAAUGUUGACUCAUGACUCUGGGUCAGGUCUUCAACCUUAAGUCAGAACUCCUGAUUCUGCCGUUAGCUUUGAUUCCUGGACCUGAUCUUCUGCUGUGACUCCAAGUACAGACCGUCCACCUUGACUCCCAAUUCUGAGUCCUGGAUCCAACCUGCAGCUCCAGUUCCCAAGUUUAGAACUUCGCCGUUGACCCUUGUCUUUGACCACUGGGUCUGACCUUCAUCUCCAACCUUCAUCCAGAACUCCUGAUUCUGCCUUUAGCUUUGAUUCCUGGACCUGAUCUUCUGCUGUGACUCCAAGUACAGACCGUCCACCUUGACUCCCAAUUCUGAGUCCUGGAUCCAACCUGCAGCUCCAGUUCCCAAGUUUAGAACUUCGCCGUUGACCCUUGUCUUUGACCACUGGGUCUGACCUUCAUCUCCAACCUUCAGCCAGAACUCCUGAUUCUGCCUUUAGCUUUGAUUCCUGGACCUGAUCUUCUGCUGUGACUCCAAGUACAGACCAUCCACCUUGACUCCCAAUUCUGAGUCCUGGAUCCAACCUGCAGCUCCAAUUCCCAAGUUUAGAACUUCGCCGUUGACCCUUGUCUUUGACCGCUGGGUCUGACCUUCAUCUCCAACCUUCAUCCAGAACUCCUGAUUCUGCCUUUAGCUUUGAUUCCUGGACCUGAUCUUCUGCUGUGACUCCAAGUAUAGACCAUCCACCUUGACUCCCAAUUCUGAGUCCUGGAACCAACCUUCAGCUCCAGUUCCCAAGUUUAGAACUUCGCCGUUGACCCUUGUCUUUGACUGCUGGUUCUGACCUUCAGCCGGACCCUCGUGGUCUCGUGUUUGCACCCGAUCUUCAUCAUGACCAGAAACCAGAACUGCCACAACCAGACGGCUCACAUCUGGACCAGGGAGCUGGUGCUCUCGAUGGCCAUCCCCCACAUCACCAUGGCCGUCGUGUCCGUGGUCUUCAACUCCGCCGUCAUCCUGGCCGUCGCGUGCACCAAGGAUCUGCAGAAGCCCAUCUUCCUCCUCUUCUGCAACCUGGCCCUUUCCGACCUCCUCUCCAGCGCCUCGGGCUUCUGGGUGGCCAUCUUCUUCAUGCGUGACCCUCAGAGCACCGUGGUGGGCUCCCGCAAACUCCUCCGUCUCUACGCCUUCUACGCCGUGCCCAUCCUCGCUACCAUCUACAACCUGGUAGCCAUUGGGGUCGAGCGGUACUUGGCCCUGGCCGAGAAGAGGUGGACGAGGCGACGUAUCACCCGAAACCAGGUGUUGGGCAUCGUGGUGGUGAUCUGGUUGGUGGCCCUCUUCCUCGGCUUCCUGCCCUUGAUGGGGUGGAACUGCUUGGGCACAGACAACGUCUCCACGCUCUACAGUCCGCUCUGCGUCAACUAUCUGGCCUUCAUCACGAUCCCGCACAGCGCCGUCUCCUUCCUUCUCCCGUUCUUCACUUACUUGAGCAUCAUCCUGACCCUGAGGAAGCACAAGAUCUCCAUGGGCGCGUUGGGCCAAGCCCGCUCCACGGGCCGCCUGGCCGAGAUCCAAGUGGCGCGGACCAGCAUCGUGAUCUGGAUCACGGCCUUGCUGUCGUACUUGCCUUUCUUCGUGGCCGUGGUGCUCGACUUGGCCAUGCCACACUGCCCCCGAGACCUCCCGCUGGGCCUCUACGUCUUCCGGAACCUGACGGCCAUGAUGAUCGCCAUCAACUCCUUGGGGAACCCCAUCGUCUACACACUCAACGUGAAACGGUUGGGCCGCAGGAUCAAGGCCUUGAAGCAGCCUUCCAUCAACCGCAUUGAUGUUCAGGUCGUUGAGAAGAUAUGAACUCCCUCCAGACCAUCGGACAAUGAUGGGCAACCUUUUGCGCUUGGUGUGUCAAAAUUCACCAAAAAACCUAGCAUGACUUGGGUGGUGUGUCACUUCGAGAAAAAAAACAAAAACAUAAUUUUGCAAUAUGUAUAGUUUAAAUAACAAAAAUACAUAAUUGUAAUAUAUAACUGUAUUCAAUAAAUCAAAAACUAUUUACUACCAUCAUUUCCAUGUACAACAAUCUAUGGCACCUCUUGCAGUUUCCAUUGUGAUGUUUUGGUGCUAAAUUUGUAAAUAAAGUCUUUACCACAUAGCAUUAUUUAUUUAUUACUUAUUUAUUUAAUACAUUUAUAUCCCGCCCUUCUCACCCCGAAGGGGACUCAGAGCGGCUGACAAAUUAAAUUUACAUACAAUAUUAUAUUAUUAGCAUAGCACAAUACUGGCAAUAAAUUACCAUAUUGUACUACAGUAGAGUCUCACUUAUCCAACAUAAACAGGCCAGCAGAAGCUUGGAUAAGCAAAUAUCUUGGAAAAUAAGGAGAGAUUAAGAAAAAGCCUAUUAAACAUCAAAUUAGGUUAUGAUUUUACAAAUUAAGUACCAAAACAUCAUGUUAGACAACAAAUUGGACAGAAAAGGUAGUUCAAUACGCAGUAAUGUUAUGUUGUAAUUACUGUAUUUACAAAUUUAGCACCAAUAUAUCACAAUAUAUUGAAAACAUUGACUACAAAAAUGGCUUGGAUAAUCCAGAAGCUUGGAUAAGUGAGUCUUGGAUUAGUGAGACUCUGCUGUAAUUGUAAUAUAUAACUGUAUUCAAUAAAUCAAAAACUAUUUACUACCAUUA